CAAUUAAUAAAAAUUUUGAGCUCUGAAAAUUGUUUUUUGUUAACAUUUUUUUUCAUAGAAACCACAAUGAAACAAGAGUCACAUUCUCCUCGUCAAACUUGUAACGUCUUUAACAAGUUCACAAGUCUAGUAUUGCUAGCUGUGUUUCUUCUGUUAGUUGUGGUAUUGCUUGGUGUAUUUCUUCUGGUAGUUUCUUCUACAAAGGUUGUUCCCUCAGAGGAAACGGAAUCCGGGUUCAUGGUUAAAACAUUACCCGGUUUUCUUGGUGAUCUUCCUAUCACUCUCGAAACUGGUUACAUUGGGGUAGGAGAAUCUGAAGAUGUGCAAUUAUUUUACUAUUUCAUUGAGUCCGAAGGAGACCCAGAAAAGGACCCUCUCAUGCUUAUGUUGUCAGGAGGGCCUGGUUGUUCGGGUCUUGCUAAGGUUUUAGCUGAAACGGGACCAUUCACUUUCAACUAUGCAGAAUCCUCUUCGGAGAAGCCAAUCCUGGAGAUAAAUCCUUACAGUUGGACAAAGGUUGGAAGCAUAAUAUCUCUUGAUCAACCUGCGGGUACUGGAUUCUCCUAUGCAGAAACUGCCAAUGCUUACACAACAAACGACACAUUAUCAGCAAUUCAGGUUUACCAGUUUUUGAGGAAGUGGCUUGUGGAUCAUCCAAAUUUUAUUAAGAACCCAUUAUAUGUUUGUGGUGAUUCUUAUGCUGGCUUAGUGGUUCCGAUGAUUGUUCAAGAAAUAUAUAAUGGUAAUGAAGUUGGAGAAGGGCCGCAUAUGAACAUCAAUGGAUAUGUAAUUGGUAAUGCUGUAACAGACACAAAUGAUGAAUACAAUUCGCGAAUUCCAUUUGCUCAUCGCUUAGCACUCUUAUCUGAUGAAAUCUACGUGUCUGCUAAAGAGAAUUGCUUUGGAGAAUACUUGAAUGUAGAUCCUAACAAUAGUCUCUGUAUAAAUGAUCUUCAAGUGGUAGAUAAGUGCCUUGAAAGAAUUAAAAUGGAGCACGUUUUAGAGCCGAACUGUGACACUUCAAUCGCCGUAAAAGGGUGUCCUGAUAACAAAUCAAAGUACUUAAGUGCAUGGGCUAAUAGGAAAGAUGUGCAAAAGGCUCUUCACAUCCGUGAGGAGACUAAAGACGCCCAGUGGGUGCCAUGCAAUGAGAGCUUGAAAUUUUAUUAUGACAAAGAACCCAUAUCUUACACCCACAAUGUCUUGAGUAAUGUUGCCUAUCAUCGACACCUUGCUAGUAAAAACUGUCGAGCUCUUGUAUAUAGUGGAGAUCAUGACAUGGUUGUUCCCUAUUUGAGUACAUUAAACUGGAUUAAAUCGCUCAAUUUGUUAGUCGUGAAUGCUUGGAGGCCCUGGUUUGUUGACGAACAAGUAGCCGGAUACACCAAGAAGUAUUUGUACCACGAUUACAACUUGACAUUUGCUACUGUAAAGGGAGGAGCUCACACAGUGCCAGAUAAUAAACCUAAAGAAAGUUUAAGCAUGCUUAUGAAGUGGCUUGUUGAUGAUGCUUUGUGAGUAACAGUUGUAGGGUUUGAUGUUUGUUUCUUAUCUUGUACGCAUCCUUUUGCAUUUCUUAUACUUUCUUUAACUCAGGUUCAGUGGAUAUUGUAACUUGUUCAUUUGAUUGUUUGUCAUACAAUCAUUCUUCAAUAACUGUUGAACACACUUGCAAAAUUUUGUGAUAUAUAUAGUCUACAGUAGUCCUGCUUAUAAGACAUCACUUUCAGCAUAGGUGAAGGAUUUG